AUGAAUCUUAUGUCCGUUUGUUAUCUUCUUCUUCCUUUUUCCUUGCAUGACCAGAAACCCGAAGCUAGUUAUAUAUAUGGGGUCCCUAGAAGAGAGUUCCAGUUCCAAUCGAAUGGUCGUCAUGAUCGAAAGUAGUCCACUCUAUUCAGUUCAAAAUCUAGUAUACAACACAAACACAGCACUACAUCACUCACACUCACUACAUCACUCACACUACUUACUCCCCUAUACUUAACUGAACUUACUACAACCUCACGGAGAUGUCUCAAGUACAACAAUACUGGCUCCCAGGAUACGGACUGUCCCGUCAUAUAGUCUUAGGCCACAUACAAUACUUUCUAGGGCCAACAGCCAGCGUCAGGCCAUAUUCAUACCAGGGACGCGACGGCUACCUAAUAGUCGGUGUACCACUUACAAGAGAACAAAUCGACGACCUAGCAACCAUGUCCCGAGAAUACGAACGUCAAGAAUCCCUCCGAAUGGCAGGUGACUCAGCCAGCCCCACCGCCACCGCCACUUUCGGCAGACACGAACCCUAUAUCAAUGAGAUUGUACCCGUCAGGAGUUCGGGGAGGAGAAGUAGGGCACCACCACCACCGCUGUCAUCAUCAUCAUCAUCAUCAUCAUCGGCGCAGAUGAUGGAUUAUGAACCGAGACGGAGUCGAUGAAGUGGGUUGGAACAUGAGAGAGAAAUGAGGGGGGA